GACUCUUUCUCUCUAUAAAUACGUGUAUGAAUGAAAGCUAGCGAAGAACGUGCAUGAAAAGCGUCGAUCAUUUAAUUAAUCAUCUCCGUGUAUUUAGAUUAACGAUGGAGUCCCAAACAGUUUCUCAGCCCGAAUUUCCUUUGUUUGAUUUCUCUAUCCCAGAGUUGAAGCCUGGGUCAGACGAAUGGGUUUCAACCUGCAAAGCUCUGCGGAUCGCCCUUGAAGAUCACGGGGCAUUCCUAGUACUCUAUAACAAGGUUGAUGACUCCAUUUAUGCUUCAUCCCGACAACUAUUUGAUCUCUCAACACAAGCCAAGAUGCAAGAAACCAGUGAAAAGCCUGCUCAUGGCUACGUUGGCCAAGUACCCGGAGCCCCUCUCUUCGAAUCUCACGCCGUCGACAAUCCUUUGAGCCAACAAGAUUGCCAGAAGUUCGCACGCAUCCUAUGGCCAUCUGGAAACGACUUCUUCAGCGAAGCUGUGAGUGCGUAUGCGAAGGGAUUGGUGGAGUUAGACCAAAUGUUGAAGAGGAUGGUGUUUGAGAGCUACGGAAUUGAUAGUGAGAAAUGUGAAAGUUUCCUGGAAUCUAACAAAUACGUGCUGAGAUUUUACAAAUACUUGCCAGCUCGAACAGACGAAGGGGAAAAUGGAGUGUUACCUCACCCGGACACAACCUUGUUCACCAUAUUGCAUCAAGACAGCGAAGGCUUGGAAGUCCAGAACAAGGAUGAUCAAUGGGUUAGGGUUGACGUCUCACCAUCCUUGUUUUGCGUCGUCGUGGGCGAUGCAUUCUCGGUAUGGAGCAAUGACAGGAUAUGCCCUCGUUACCACCAAGUGAUGAUAAAGACGAAGACACGUCCCAGGUACAGCAUAGGACUUCUUUCGUAUGCUGGUCAAACGAUAAGUCCGCAAGAGGAACUAGUAGAUGACCAGCAUCCAUUACGCUACAAGCCAUUCAACCACUAUAAAUAUCUGACUGCCAUUGCCACUAAAGAAGGCUUGAAUUCUGAUUAUCAGCAUCGACUCAAGGAAUUUUGUGGCGUUUGAGCCCCUAGUAUGGAUGAAUGAGUAUGUUUGCCAUUUGUCUCUGUUAUUGUUAUGUGAAUAAAAUGGUUUAUAGUUGUAUUGCCCAAAGAACACUGGCUCGUAUGUGGCAUUUCUUUGGACAUAAGAACGAGGGGUCUGAGGUUUGUGUGUCGAAUAAUGUUAAUUUUGUUUGUGUUAGUUGCUUUCUUCUUCGGGGCGACUCAUGUGAUGUAUAUGAUCUAUUGUAUCCUUUUGGAGAAUAAAUGUAUGUUGGGUGUGUUUUCUUUUUCA